UGAAUCCAUUCGUACUGAUAAGGCCGCCAGUAAUCGCUGUCAGUCGUGAGAAUAAAAUCAAAUGUAUACAAAACAGUAAGUUAAUGAUAGUGUUCAAAAUGACAACGUCUUUCUGGUACUUUUUCUUGAUUGGCCUCUGCAUUCUGGCACGGAUCAUCGAUGGACGGCGGGAGAUUAAAUUCAAUUGCACCCUGACGGCAAACUAUUAUGACUGUUUGUUUCGCGAUGUCAUCAUAAGGAGUGAAUCGGAAGCGGACAGCAUAUUUUUCGGCGAGCAGAACUUCAACGACACCAGUAUUGCAUUUCGAGACUGUUCGAUGGUGGUGUUGCCAAAGAAAGUGUUCGAAACAUUUCCGGCCAUCCAAUAUUUGUCGAGCGACGCAUGUAAUAUUCAGAAAUUGUUGAGUGGAACCUUUGCCAAUGCACAGAGACUUCAGGAGCUCCAUUUGUAUAAUAACAAGAUCUCGAAGUUGAAUAAUUUUGUCUUCAACGGGGCCCUUCAGUUGGAAAUUUUAUCGCUCUAUAAUAAUACCAUCAAGUAUUUGGAAGAACAUGCUUUCGAUGGGUUGGGACAUCUGAGACAGCUUUAUAUGGAUGAUAAUAUGAUAGAAAAACUACCGGAAAGCUUGUUCUCUGGACUGGAAGAAUUGCAAAUUUUGGAGCUUCAGAAUAAUAAAAUCAAGGAAAUCAACGAUGAUCAAUUCAUUCUUUGUUCGAUGCUACGAGAGCUGAAUCUAUCGUCAAAUAUGAUUAACACAUUCAACAUGUCCCAACUUACCGGACUGAAUAAGCUAGAAAUAUUGGAUAUUGGAAAAAACUAUCUGGAUGAAGUAUUUGUCACCAAAUAUCUCCGAACACUCAAUGCUCAGGAGAACCAGGUCAGUAAAAUUCUUAUGGAUCAAGGUGAUUUUUUUCAACUCACACAUCUAAACCUAUCACGAAACAACAUCGCAAACAUAAACAACAUUUUCAAGUUUCGCAACCUAAUUGAGCUUGAUGUGUCGUACAAUGAGCUAAUUACGCUUGAUUUUGUUAUUUUCGCAUUCAUGAAAAACCUAAAAGACAUCAAACUGAACAACAACCACCUGUGGAUAAUCGACAAUGGAAUACCAGCCCCGGCCAAAUCACUCCGCACGCUCAAUUUGGCCCACAACAAGUUCCUAUUUAUAGAUCUGGUCGUGUUCGAUACAUUUCCUGCUCUCGAGAAUAUUUACCUCCAUGGAAACGAGCUAAUCGAUAUGCGUAUCGAAGACGUGGAACAGAACUUUCCGUAUCUCUCUUUGGUUUCCACCGACAACAAUGACUGGGACUGCAUCAAUCUGAUGAACAUCGUGACAACGCUGGAACGGUCUUACGUCAAAUGGUCCACCGGGAAUCGCAACUGCACCAAACCCGAACAGCACAAAUUCAUUUGCUGCACCUCGACGGAACAUCACCUGAGGGAAAAGAUUGUCCGGCUCACCAAGGAAAUUUACAAGUCCCGGAAAAUGAUCAAACAACUUAUCAUGGAAAACGCCGAACUGCGGACGGAAGUGGAAACGCAAUUCCUGCCCACGGAUUAGAAUCUGGCAUAUGUUGCUG